UGGCGUUUGUGUUGUGUUGAGAAAUUACAAUAAACAUUUAUUGUGAACAACAAUAGUAGUUUUAUGUGGUAAUUAGUGUUAAUUUUUAUUUAUUGGGUAGGGUAACAAAUCGUGGACUAAUGAGUUUAUUGACCGAUGUCUGCCGUGGCUCCCACUAUACCCGCAUUCAUAACUCUACCUACUCUAGUUCCUUGAGAUUUGUACAUGAAAGUAAUGAGUAGAAUAAAACAUUACAUAAAUUGUUAGAGUGGAAGAAUGUUUCAGUUAUCUCUGCCACAGAGGGGCUGACCCAACCAAGGACAUACAAAAGCGUCGAGCAGGUAGUAUUGGAUCCGAUGAAGACGACGCAAGUGGUGGGAAAUACACAAGGAUGGAGGAGGACAAUAUUCAAGACAAAGAAAGAUUCGCGAGCCGUGAGAACCAUUGUGAAAUUGAACGUCGCCGAAGGAACAAGAUGACGGCAUAUAUCACGGAACUAUCUGACAUGGUUCCAACAUGUUCCGCGCUCGCUCGGAAGCCCGACAAACUUACCAUACUGCGGAUGGCAGUGGCGCAUAUGAAAGCAUUAAGAGGUACAGGGAACACUUCAACUGAUGGUACAUACAAGCCAUCGUUUUUAACUGAUCAGGAACUGAAACACCUCAUUCUCGAGGCGGCAGAUGGAUUUCUGUUUGUUGUUAGUUGUGACACUGGACGUAUCAUUUACGUCAGUGAUAGUAUAGCACCAGUAUUGAACUACACUCAGGGAGAGUGGUACUCGUCGUGUUUGUAUGACCAAGUUCAUCCUGACGAUGUGGAAAAAGUACGGGAGCAACUCAGUACGCAAGAGCCGCAGAACACGGGCCGUAUAUUGGAUUUGAAAACGGGGACUGUCAAAAAAGAAGGUCACCAGUCGUCCAUGCGGCAAGUGAUGGGGUCGCGGCGCGGGUUCAUCUGCCGCAUGCGGGUGGGCGGCACGGCGGAGAGCGCGCACCUGGGCCGCCUGCGCGCGCGCAACUCGCUCGGCCCUUCGCACGACGGACAUAACUACGCCGUUGUGCACUGCACAGGGUACAUUAAGAACUGGCCGCCGACAGAUCUGUUUACAGGUAUGCAGAUGGAUCGUCCUGUGGAAGACGAACUCCAUGCGUCACAUUGUUGUCUGGUCGCUAUUGGAAGAUUACAAGUGACGUCGACGCCGAACAGCUCUGAGGGCAGCCUUUGCGGCGGCGGCGCGGAGUUCGUGUCGCGGCACUCUGUGGACGGGCGCUUCACGUUCGCAGACCAGCGCGCCGCGCAGGUGGUGGGCUGCGCGCCCGCCGACCUGCUCGGCAAGCUGUGCUACGAGUUCUACCACCCGGAGGACCAGCAGCACAUGAGGGACAACUUCGACCAAGUUUUAAAGCUGAAGGGGCAAAUAAUAUCACUCAUGUACCGGUUUCGCACUAAAAGCAGAGAAUGGGUUUGGUUAAGGACAUCCGCUUUUGCUUUUCUGAACCCAUACAAUGAUGACGUGGAGUAUAUUGUAUGCACAAACACACUGGCCAACCGGUCACUAGCGAGUACGACAGGGGAGCCCGUGGCGGACGAGAACUACGACUACCACCUGAGGCAGCGCGACGUAUACCAAGCGCCGCCGCCCGCCUUGCACCAGCAGCAUCACGCGCCGCCAGGUGGCGUGGGCGCGCGGUCGCCGGGCGAGGGCGGCGCGGCGGGCGCGGGCGCGGCGUUCGCGCCGCACUACGCGCCCGAGUACUCGCCGCACCGCCCCGCCAACACGCCGCCCAACACUACGUGGACCACUCUCCGUCCCAGCGGCGCAGCGGGCGCGGCGGGUGGAGGCGAGAGCUACGCGUACAGCGGCGAGCCGGGCGCGGGCGCAGGCAGCCCGGCGCGCUCGCCGCCCGCGCCCGCCUACCUGCCGCCCGCGCACUACCACCAUAACCACCACGCGCACCCGCCGCACGCCGCGCACCCCGCGCACCCGCCGCACCCAGCGCACCCGCCGCACCCGACGCACCCCACGCACCCGACGCACGCCAUGUGGCCGUGGCAGGGCGGCGCAGGGGGUGCGGGCGCGGCGGCGGAGGGGCACGCCACGCACGAGCUGUCCGACAUGCUGCAGAUACUGGACCAGAGCGGCGGCGGCGCCUUCGAGGAGCUCAACAUCAACAUGUUCAAUGCCAACUUCGAAUAGUGACAGCGUACUCCUAUAGCUUCAGCUAUGCAAACAAACAAACUACUGUCGAGGUGAUAAAAGAUAAGUGUUGAGUUAUGUGUCGGUUCGUGUGAUGAUGGUUUCGCCUUUUAAAUCUCUCAUAGAAGUGUAUAGGUUUGACGCUCAGACCAAUUACCUUUGGACUUGUAUCACACUCAAAUUCACCAACAAAAUUGUAUGUGGUUUUUUUAGGGGGACAAUGUAAACUCACACAUCGAAAAUAUGUAACACCAAUUAAUAUAUUUUGUGUUCACACAACUAUACAUUUAAAUUGUAAUACACACACGUGUAUUUUUAACACAACGAAACAUCGAUUCUAUAGUGAGACGCAGUUUGUAUAGACACGUUAGAUUGUGAUCAUAUACUUUUGACAGAGGGGUAACGUCUAGCGAAGCAGGUCCUAUGGUAAUUGGUCUGAAGUUCGAUGUUGAUAGCUUGGCGGAUUAUUUUGUGAAAAAGAUGAGCACGUUGUGGUGUUCCAGUAUUGUAUGAGAAAUCAAAUAACUAAUUAAGCACUUUGUAUACUUACAGAUACUUCGCGUGUAAUUUUACCAUGGAAUAUCGAUUGUAUAUAAAUUAUUUUUUUAGAAUUAACAAAUUACAGACAUUGAAAUAAAUUAAUAUAUUAAUAUUAAAAUUUCGAAAAUGUUUAAAAUUGUGGGCGGAAAACUGAUAACAUGUUUACGUUGUUGUUCAAUAUAUUUCAUUUCAUUAUAUUUAAACUUUUGUAAAACUAUUCAAUUCAUUAAAAUUAGCACGAUUUUUUUACUUUAUAUUCAUGAUCUAUCAUAAACUUGUAUGCCUCAACAGUUUUCUGCUAUAUAAAUUAUUGAUAUUUCUAAAAUAUGUCAGUAAAUGAUUUAAAGAUGCAUAAAAUCAUGUACAAAGAUGUAUGAUCCCUGCUUUAAUAUUAUUAAAAUAUUGAAAUCAUGCACAAUAAUCUAUACUAAUAUUAUAAAGCUGGAGAGAUUGUUUGUUUGUUAAUUGGCUUGAACGGGCUAAUCUCAGGAACUACUACUCCGAUAUAAAAUUCUUUCAGUGUUAGAUAGCUGAUUUAUCAAAAGAGGCUAUACACUAUCCCCGUAUUCCUACGACGGGAACGACGCGGGUGAAACCGCGCGGCGUCAACUAGUGUCUCAAAAUAUAGGACAACAUCGAGGUCGACUUGAAUCAUAUAAAUUAGAACAUGGUUCUUUAUGUUGCCAGUGAUGACAGUAAAAGUUUUGAAUAAAUAAAUUCGCCCACAAAUCACAACACAUUCAUAUUUUUGGAGCAAUAAAAUACAUCGAAUUGCAUAAACUAUUUAUCUGUUCCUUGUCUUUGUGCACAACUUGCACCAUUGUAUUGAUUUUUUCUAAUUAAGUGGCCUUCACGAGUAGUGUUACGCUAUUGUUCGAUGCAUUGAGGGUUUCAUAAAAUUAUCUGCCAUAACACAAAAUUCCAAAAUUUAUAAUUAAAUAUUAACAUUUUAUUACUUAUUAGUUUAUGUUUUAAGGUUGUUAUACAAUGCUUUAUAUAGCAAAGGUAAUUUACACGAUUAUUGCAGUUAUUGUGUAAAUUAUAUUUUAAUUUUACCACUGUGUCAUUUAUGUUUUUGUCAAAACUAUUUUCUUUUAAUUUUACAUGAAAUAAAACGAGCUAUUUUUUUACAGUAAAUGUAAAUUAUUUUUUUCUUGGCGCUAAAUAGUGACUAAAUUCUGAAUGUUUCCCAGCCUGGCUAAAUUCUAAACGCGAUUAUUCUCAAAGUAUUACGAGAACAACUAGUUUGGAAUUGAAAUAACUAAAUAUAAUGAGGUAUGGCCAACUAAUUUUGAACUUAUCCAGGUACCUUAGGAUAAGUUCAAAAUUAGUUGGCCAUACCCUGAUCAUAAUCACGUGAGUUUUGCCAUGUUUAUAUUUCAUCAUUAAAAAAAAUGACAUAUUUAUUAUGUUUACUCAAUGCUCAUAGACAAUACUUAAGCAAAGGGUAUUUAGACGCCAGGUAAAAAUAAUUUAGAUGUACUGACUAGGUACUGUAGAUUGUAUGUUAAAUUUAUUUUCAUUUACUAGUUUCUGUUAGUGGAAGUAUUAUUAAGAUGAGCUAUUAAAAUUAUGUUUAAGUGAUCAAACGAUAUUUUUUAUGUUUUAUUAUUAUUAUUAGAUUAUUAUACUUAUAUAUAGGCGAGUAGUUAUUGAAAUUUAUAAGCACUUUCUCACAUGUUCUUACUGUCACCAGAUACUUGUAUUGGAACAUUGCAAUACUUUGAAUACUCGAAGUAUUCUUAUGAAAUCCACUGUAUAUUAAUUUGAUUUAUUAAUUCCACCUAUUCUUUUAAAUUGAGAGAAAUAAUAAAAACUAAUGUUUGGCAUGUGAUCAACUUUAUAAGCUCCAGUUGUGUUCUUUGACUUAAAGUCAGAAAGAUCAAUGAAGUAGAUAAAUUAUAUUAAUUAAUAUUUUUAGUAUGUAUAGUAUAUUCUACUUCAACAUAAUCAUAAUAAUGCAGGUAGCUUUUGUAACAUUCCCUGCCCAACCAUGCCAGUUCCAAAGUAUUUAGCUAGACUAAUCAUGUGACCUUGUUGUAAUUUCUCUUUAUUGUUAGAAAAUGAAGUAUGUUUUAUACAUAUUUGUAUUAGUUACAGAAAUAUUUUUAUGUAAGUAAUGCAUUUAAGGAUUCUUUUUAAUUAAAAUUAUUUCAAUAAAAUAAAUGAUGAUAAUAGGUAUACCAAAAUUUUGUAAAAGAUUUUCAUUAAAUAUAAGCAAGGUAAAA